AUGAAGCCGUCGGACAUAUCGGCGUUGUUCAUCUUGCUAGGCUGCGCAGGAGCCUUGCACUUCGACAGGGCCGAGCCUCGCGCGGCGACCGCCACUGACACAGCUGCCACCUGGGAGAAGCAGGCGGCGCAGUCGACUCUGACAGUGGAAUACCUGAUUGUCGGCGGCGGCGGUGGCGGCGCUUCCGGAGGCGGCGGCGGCGGCGGUGUGCUCCAAGGGACGGGUUUGGUCAUGUCUGUCGACGAAGUCAUCACGGUUGGCGCAGGCGGUCUCGGAGGUUCGGGGGGCAGCGGCAACACUGCGGAGGCGACGAACGGAGGAGAUUCUUCGAUCGGCUCUCUGGUGGCAUAUGGCGGUGGCAGGGGUGCGGGGGGCAGUUCCAGGACUGCCUCCAGCGGAGGCUCAGGCGGUGGAGGCGCCUACGAUCUGCCGAGUGUUGCCUACGCGGCUGGGGUCGCGGGACAGGGCUACCGGGGUGGGCGCAGCGACAGGGGGGGGUACGGCGCAGGCGGUGGCGGCGGCGGUGCGGGCGGCGUUGGGAGCGACGCGCCCCAGCAGCACUACGGAGGAGAUGGUGGCGUUGGAGUGGCGUCGUCGAUUUCAGGCACUCCUACGUAUUACGGCGGAGGCGGUGGCGGUGGCGUCAACGCAAAUUGCGGUUGCACCACUUAUCCAGGAGGGGCCGGCGGCCUAGGGGGCGGCGGCGAUGGAAGUAGUUACGGCGGUGGUGGCGGCGCUUAUUUCAAUGGCGAAGAUGGGCAGGCAAACACUGGCGGUGGUGGCGGCGGCACGGAUCCUGAGUCUUCCUUGGCUGGCAAUGGAGGGUCUGGCAUCGUGAUCAUCAAGUACCUGAGUUCCAUCCCGUUGCUCCAAGGUGGCACAGUCACCACGAGCAAUGGCUACCAAAUUCAUACUUUUACAGCAACUGGAUCGCAUACCGUAGCAGCCGAGGCGGCAUGCGGUGCGUGGCGCUACUACAGGUACUAUGUCCCAGUCGCGAGUGCAAACCCGCAGCAUCUGUGCAUCAAUGAGAUGCAGUACUUGUACGGUGGUAGCGUGCUGUCAACACCUGCAACUCACUGCGGCAGUGCACCGUGCGCUUUUGCUACUUCCGGAUUCUACUCGGAUUGGAGCCCCGAUAAAGUUUUCGAUCAAAGCAAUUAUGCAAUGUAUGGCAGUGGAUAUUGCAAUGAAGCCGGUGAUGGUUAUCCCCGAGGGGCUGGGUGGUUGGCGUACGACUUCGGAGUGCCGACACAAGUCGAUCGGGUCAAGAUUUGGUUUUGGAGAGGUGAUCACAGCGCGAGUGGGACGGCCUACAUGGAAGGCUCAAACGAUGCGGUCACAUGGACAACUUUGAAAACGAUUACAGACACUGAUUAUGCGACGCUCGAUACGUCCGUCGAUUGUGUUGCAUCGCCAAGUUCGGCGCCGACGCUGCUGAUGAAGCUGAGGGCGGGCUCCAAUACCUUCCAGUAUGACGCAAGCUAUUGGACCGACACUUCUGUGUUGAACGAAGCUGGCGGCGCUUCGGUCAGCGACUCUGACGACGAGGACGUCAAGAUGUCGGCAUUCAACACCAGAGUUCGUGUUUACAACGUGUAA